GUCUGUGUGAGUGAGUGAAAGAGAGAGAGCAAUGACAUAGCUAUGAAGGAGCUUCAGCCAUUCAGGGAGGAGGAAAAUAACUCAUGGACAGAAUAAGCAGAGUGAAGGAGUAUCUACUUCUCCAAAAUCUAUUUCUUCGUCUCUCAUAUCUCUAAUAUGCUAUGGUUUCACACUUUAGUCAUAUCAACUUACCCUUUCUUCGGAGUAGCAGAAGGAGUGUCUAACUCCCUCAGGACACAUCAUUGUUCUGAUGGCCAACACUGGGCAACAGGAUGACCAACUGGCCCAGAGUGACAGCGUGGGUGCAGGAAAACACAACAGGCACCACUAUGGGUCCUGCCCAGCCCCAGAUGCACAACAUCCAGGGGGUCACCAUCGACUCCCAAAUAGAGCUCAGUCCCCAUCCAACAGCAACAUCUUUAAUGAACUCUGUCCAUACACCGAGACAGACCCACUUUUCCCCAAUGGACACAUGCCUGGCUCCAAGGUCAAUGAGAAAGUUAUGGAGAAGGACCCAGAGGAUUGUAGUGCCCAGGAUGGUGUCAGAGAGAUGCCCAGUGAGUCUGUUAGGUCCAUGGUUCUGCAGAUACUGGUGCCCUUCCUACUGGCUGGACUGGGGACGGUGUCAGCUGGGAUGUUACUGGACGUAGUUCAGCAUUGGGAGGUGUUCCAGAGAGUCACAGAGAUCUUCAUACUGGUGCCAGCUCUACUGGGCCUGAAAGGAAACCUAGAGAUGACCCUGGCCUCCAGACUUUCAACAGCAGUGAACGUGGGGAAAAUGGAGACCGCCAGAGAGAAAUGGAGUUUGAUUAUUGGGAACCUGGCACUAAAACAGAUGCAAGCCACAGUGCUGGGUCUACUGGCUGCCCUGGCAGCGGUGGUCUUGGGCUGGGUACUGGAGGGAGAUAUGCUUCUCAACCACGCUGCUCUCCUCUGCUCAGCCAGCGUAACUACUGCCUUCCUUGCUUCCUUGCUGCAGGGGAUCAUCAUGGUGGGAGUGAUCAUCGGCUCCAAGAGGAUUGGCAUCAACCCAGACAACGUGGCCACGCCCAUCGCUGCCAGCUUUGGUGACCUCAUCACCCUGGCCAUCCUGGCCUGCCUGAGCCAGGGGCUCUACGAAUGCAUCGAGUUGUAUCCCUAUGUGUCGUACCUGGUGUGUCUGUUCUUCCUCGGACUGACCCCUCUGUGGGUGGUCGUCUCCUCCAGAAACCCAGCAAGUCGCAUUCUACUCUACACAGGCUGGGAACCAAUCAUCACUGCCAUGGUCAUCAGCAGUAUCGGAGGACUCAUCUUGGACACAACUGUAUCUGACCCGAACAUGGUGGGAAUAAUAGUCUACACGCCAGUUAUGAAUGGUAUUGGGGGGAACCUGGUUGCCAUCCAGUCCAGUCGUAUAGCCACUGAUCUGUACCACCACUGCCCACCGAGGCAGGUGUCUGAGGAUCGCAGGAGCUGCUACAACCCAUGCAGGACCUUCUGUGGCUCAGGAGCCAAUCAUCGCUCUGCCCAGGUGCUGCUCCUGUUGGUCGUACCGGGUCACCUGAUCUUCCUGUACACAAUCCACUUGAUGAAGGGCAGCACCUCUCCCACACCUGUCUUCAUCACCUUCUUCCUAGCUGUAGCCCUCCUACAGGUCUUCACACUGCUAUGUAUUGCUGACUGGAUGAUCCCUUGUCUGUGGCGGACGGGCAAAGACCCUGACAGUUACUCCAUCCCCUACCUCACUGCUCUGGCAGAUCUAUUGGGCACAGCCCUCCUGGUUCUGGCCUUCUUCCUGCUCUGGCUCGUAGGGGAGAAAGUUCCCACUGGAGACUGACACCCUGGGUGCUUCAUAUUCUCCCAUUCUCCUUUCAUUCUGCCUGGGUGAAAGCAGACAUUUCAACUGCUUUCACCAAUCCAGCCCUAUUGGAUCUGUGAUUUGUUUUAAAGUAAGGUUGGAUGCAUUCAAGCAAGGCCUGAGAACGCAAGGCCUUAGGAAAAAGCAGGUGGCUCUACUAAAAUCUGGCAGCAGAAUUAUUUUAAUUUCAGGGUUUCUUUCUCAUAGGUUCCUGUGAUUGGUUCCUGUGUCCAACCCCCUGUUUGGAUUUUUUCUGCUGAAUUUCCUCACCAGCUGAGGUACUUCAAUAGGCAUUUUGGAUAUUGCGUCAAGAAAUUCUGUGCCAACGAAAAUGAGGGUGAUGUACAUUUGGUUCAGUAUUGUGGGCAGGCAGCAUUUUAAUUGUAACAUAAUAUGUAAUAUACAUGUUUUCUAAAAUGUCUGUUAUAGAAUAUAAUUUCCCUUUAAGUUACAUACAUAGGUGAGUUUUCACAAUGUGAAUCAAUAAUAUUGCAGUGUUACUUACUUAUUGUGUGACUCUUGUAUGUUAUUACAUUGUUUUGUGAGAGUUGAGAACGGGUCCAACCUGUCUAAUAAAGAAAAAUAGGAUUUCA